AUGCUUGGAUUAAAGAUGUAUGGAGCACUGCUCCUUUCAAUGGGACUGACUGCUCUUGCGGCUCAGCCUUCUACUCACACGCAUCGAUUUGCACGUCGGGAUGGAUCAAACAUCACUCAAAGCUUGUUGGAGAGAUUCUACUUGUUCUCUCAAUACUCUGCUCUUGCAUCAUGCGACCAGAACAUCAACAGCAGUGCAGCUGGAAAAUCCGUAACUUGCGAUAAUGACAACUGUGAUCUCGUUUCUUCGAACAGUACUACGAUCCUCAGCUCUUUCCACAACACUACAGGCCCAACCGGCUACGUCGCCUUGAAUCACGAUCUCCACCAGAUCCUCCUGGUAUUCCGUGGAUCGGUAUCCCGAAAUGACUGGCGGACCGACUAUGACACUCAAAGCGUAAAUGUUUCCGACAUUUGCGACGGUUGCACAGCCCACAAAGGGUUCUGGAGCUACUGGCAAUCGGUGUCCAAGAAUGUCACCCAACUGCUGAACACAACUGUUCACCAGUAUCCUAACUACACGACGAAAGUGGCGGGAUGGAGUCUUGGUGGUGGUCUUGCGGCCCUCGCUGGAACCGAUCUGCGAAGCAAGAACUUCACUCUGGAUAUCUGGACAUACGGAAGCCCCAAGAUUGGCAACUACGCGCUCGCCAAUUACAUCACUACACAAACCCCCAGCACUUACCGAGCCACCCAUGCUGCGGAUCCGUUUCCCAGAAUCCCGCGUAAUAGUAGCUGGUUCAAUCCUUCCCCCGAAUUCUGGAUCGACCUACCAUCUGGUCAAUUGCCCAACACAACAGAUGUGCAUUUCGUUCAGGGAAUCAACAGCACGGCGGGCAAUGCUGGUACACCCUUCAACAUCACGAACCUCCCUGAUCAUGACUGGUACUUCUUGAACAUGACCAACUACUGCGAUCAACCAUCCGACUAUGACCCAUGCCAUGGAAUUGGUUCACCCAACAGCACUACUUGCCUACGAUAG